AUGUCAGAGGCUGAGGAAGCUACCACUGCCCAAGCACCAUUCGAUGGCCACGACUGUGACUUGAUACUGUGUUCAACAAAUGGUGUCAACUUCCAUGUUUUCAAGUUGAUUCUUUGGCUCAUGACAACCCGGGCCGUGUUCAAACAUAAAUUCACGCUACCACAGAGCGAAUUCCAGGAAGAUGUGUCGUCCGUGCCAGUCAUUCAUGUGGCGGAGAGCAGCACGACACUCAGAUCCCUACUUCUCCUUUGCUAUCCUGCCGCAACCCCAACCUUCGACAACUUGGAUGAUGCAAAGGCUGUCCUGGAAGCGGCCAAGAAUUACGACAUGCAAGCGGCCCUCAACCGUGCAGGAGACCUCAUCAUUGCCCAAUUCCUGUCAGAUCACUUUCUCGACCUAUAUGCUCUGUCUUGUCAAUUCGGAUGGGAGCAUCAUGCUCAGACCGCCGCUACCCGGGCCCUUGAGAUCAAAGAUCUUGGGCGACCCAGCAAUGGGUUUAAUGGUAUGCGGGACAUCACCGCCCUCGAUUACCACAGGCUCCUCGUGUAUCACUAUGAAUGCGGCCUCGCUGCUCAAGAAGUCGGGGAUUCUCUUUCCUGGCUGGGGCCAUCAUAUAGAGAUAUGCAGAUGUGGAGGAAAUGCAGUUGCAGAGGCUCGGGUGUUAGGACGCGCCAAGUUGCAGACGUUGGAACGUCGACGAUGGUCCCUUGGUUCGAUGAAUACCUGAUUUUGAGUGGGAAGGAGCUGUUGGCGAGGCCUUGCGAAUCGACCUUAUUGGAGUCGGAAUCUUACAAUCGCGCUAUUAUCAAAGCAGUCGAGUGCAAUGAUUGCGGAAGCACGGUCGUCAAGAGUAUGGACAGAUUCCGAGCUUUGUAUAUCGCACAAGUUAAAAAGGUGGUUGCGACUGUGAGAUUGAGGGAGGCUUUUUGA